AUGUGUAUCGAUUACAGGAAGCUCAAUGAAGCCACCAGGAAGGACCACUUCCCCUUACCAUUCAUGGACCAGAUGCUUAAAAGACUGGCCGGACAUGAAUACUAUUGCUUCCUAGACGGUUAUUCGGGUUACAACCAAACAGUUGUAGACCCCAAGGACCAGGACAAACCUUCAUUUACUUAUUUUGCUGUGAAGGCUGUUUUAGGACAGAGGAAGGAUAAAUUGGUGCAUGUCAUUUACUAUGCCGCAAGAUCAUAUCUCAUUGGUUCUAAAGUAAUUGUAUUCACUGAUCAUGCAGCACUCAAAUACUUGCUUAACAAACAAGAAUCCAAGCCCAGACUAAUAAGAUGGAUCCUACUACUCCAAGAGUUUGACAUUGAAAUUAAAGACAGGAGUGGAGCAGAGAACAAAGUGGCUGACCACCUCUCAAGGAUUCUACAAGAAGAGGAAGAGGCACACCAUUUUGCAGUAAAUGAAAGCUUCCCUGAUGAAUAA